GUUUGACAUAGCGGCCAUUUUGGCUCUGGCCGCCCGUUCCCAUUGUGUGAGAGAUAGUAAAUACUGACACUGCCAUACAAGCCGAGCACAUAUUUCACUGCGCGAAUUAAAACACAUUCACCUGAGUUAUAUUGACUUGCAAUGGCCCGUACUAAGCAGACUGCUCGUAAGUCCACUGGAGGAAAAGCUCCCCGUAAGCAGCUGGCGACCAAAGCUGCCCGCAAGAGUGCGCCCUCAACUGGAGGAGUCAAGAAGCCUCAUCGCUACAGGCCCGGUACCGUGGCUUUGCGUGAGAUUCGUCGGUAUCAGAAAUCCACCGAGCUGCUGAUCCGUAAACUGCCAUUCCAGCGUCUGGUUCGUGAGAUUGCCCAGGACUUCAAAACUGACCUGCGCUUCCAGAGUGCUGCCAUCGGUGCAUUACAGGAGGCCAGUGAGGCAUACCUGGUUGGUCUGUUUGAAGACACUAACCUGUGUGCCAUCCACGCCAAGCGUGUCACCAUCAUGCCCAAAGACAUCCAGUUGGCACGUCGCAUCCGUGGAGAGCGCGCUUAAACGCUCCCCUUCUUUCUAUUGCCCUUUUUAUUUCUUUCCGUCUCUCCACAUGUUCUCCUCCUGCUUUUCUUGGUAGAGUUUAGAGUAUCAGUGAUGGGGAGUAACUGUGUCUCAGUCUGCUAGUGCUGUCUAAAUGACACGUAGGGUACCUAUAUUUGCAUGUAACAGGUGCUGCUGAUCACACACACUCACAUACACACACAUAAACACAGACACACACUUACUCUCGCACAUUCAGAUUGGGUGUGUAAACAAGGUCCAUCCAUGCCCAACUCGGGGCCACACAUUCAAAAUGUGUGUAAUGAGAAAGAGUCUUCCCCCGCACACAUACUUCACUGUUGAGAAAGAAGAACAGGGUGGUAUCUGAGUCAGUCUGCUUAAGGGGAGUAGAAACUUCCACAGCAGGGUGCUACUAAAACUGCCUCAGUCCACCUUUACUGAAACCUGUCCUACCUUAAAACCCCACAUUGCAUACAUUUGUCUCUUCCUUCCUGUACCCCUAGUUCCAUCCAACCUGUACAAGUCCUUCCGCAUUCCUCUCUUAACCUUAUUUGUCCCCAUCUGUCCCUUCAUAGUGGAGGUGAUUGUGGGGUUAGACUUGUUCUCUGUGUGAGUGUUUGUGGGUGAUGUGAUCAUCAAAGCAGAAUCGUAUUCAACUGCAAACCAGCAUCUAUUGGUUAAAAGUUGUUACUUGUAAUAUUGAUGAUUACUAUUAUUGUUGAUAUGGUGUCUCUUUUUUUUUCUUCUUCUUUUUUUUACAAUACAUACAUCAAUUGUUCUUACCACUGUUUAGAUAAAAAAAAAAAAAAGUUAAUCCACUGAAUCAGUCUGACAUUUUUUUUGUAUUUGUAGUGCAAGCCGAUCCUGGUUCUCCUGUUAUAACUUCAGGCAGCUCUAAACCAGCCUCUCAUUCAACCUCACUGUUCAACUAGCAUCCUACAUCCUGCUAUUUCUUUCUCCCUCUCUUUUUCUGUCAAGCAUUUCCUCUCUUUCAGUUUUUUCAAAUUAAAGAUCAGGCAUUAAAGAUUUUCAAAACAAAGUCUAGCAAAAAUAUUCCUUAUGUUUAGUACUGUAGUAACAAGUCUUUCACUUUGUUUGGGUAGAACUUUGCUCUUUCCCUCUCCUUGUGAUACACAAUGUAACCUCAUGUUUGUGCUUCUUUCAUUUUCUUAUUCAGAAAUUUAAAUAAGCUGAUCUUUGUAUUUUCCAAACUUCACGUAUUCUGGUGGUAAUAAAUAGAUGUUAUACAAA